AUGGCUUUGCUUAGGUUUUGUGUAUUCUUAACAGUGAUAUGCAGUCUUAUAGUAAUAGGUCAAGGAGGUAUAACGACAGAGAAGCCGGUUCUUAUCCCCCUUCCUUCACGGGCUGCGUCACAAAAUUCACCCACCUUGAUUCCAGUUUCAAAUUCCGACGACACGCCUGUGGAUGUUCAUGAACCGUCGUCAAUGACUACCCUCUUAUCGUCCAAGCCGGACCCCACUCCAGCACCGAGUCCUGUAACUACGACAUCCACUACUGUGCCUACUACUAAACACACAACUACACCAGAGCCAGUCCCUACUACCACAGUGUCCACUACCACUGUGCCACCUACUACUACUGUUACUUCUACUCCUGAGCCGAAGCCCACGCCGGCGCCUGGUCCACUACCACCCCCAUCACAAGGCAAGUGGGCAUACACCGACAAGACCAGCAAUGUGACAUGUAUCCUCGUGCAGUUUGCAGCUCAGCUCAAUGUGACAUACCCAAAGAAUAUUAAUGGCUCGACAUCUCUAGCCUACGUGCUCCUCAAUGUCCCGGCUAACGCGACGGUUGCGGACGGCAGUUGUAACGCCACAGAACAGUGGAUAAAGCUCACGUGGCCCGAGAGCGGUGACUACAGCAUGCUACUGGUGUUCACCACCAACGCCACCACCAAGGAUUACGCGCUUCAUAGCUUAAACGCUACCAUCACACCUGACAUCCUGGUCAACUCCUCCCUGAAAAACCCAGUGGAGUUCUGGCACGGUGUGGAGUGGCAGGUGCCGUUGGCCACUUCGUACCGCUGCUCUCCGGCCACACAGCUGAACAUGACUGCGGAGAUCACCAGCAUGGCGGCCACGCUGACAAUCUCGCAGCUGCAAGAGGAGGCGUUCAGGAACGCAAAGAACAACAACACCUUCAGCGCCGCGCGCGAGUGCGGCGGCGGGGACCUGCCGGACGCCGUGCCCAUCGCGGUGGGCUGCGCGCUGGGCGGGCUCGUGGUGGUCGUGCUCAUCGCCUACCUGGAGGGCCGCCGCCGCUCCGCCGCGCGCGGCUACCUCUCCAUGUGA